AUGGAUCAGGAAGAGGGGUCGACCACCGUGGACAAUAUAGUCACUCAAUUCAACACCUAUGAAGAUUUCCUGGACUCGCAGGUCACUACACUGGACUUGUACUACCUGCAGGAUGAAGGCCUGGCCCGCCAGUUGGUGGAGCUAGGCUACCGCGGGACUGGAGAGGUGGUGAAAAGGGAAGAUUUUGAAGCAAGGAAGGCAGCUAUAGAGAUUGCAAGGUUGGCUGAAAGAACUCAGAAAAAGACAUUAGCAAGUGCUGGUAAAGACAUACAUGAUAAUUUUCUGAAGGCUCUGGCAGUGAGAGAAGAAGACAAUCGCAGUGGAAUAGUAAGCUUAAAUCAACAGGAGGCUGAUGCUGCUUAUACCUUGAAGAAGCAACUGGCAGAAAGUAGUGAUCGUGGAAAAUCCGUGAUCUUUAUUCGUGACAGAAAUUCUCAUGGGCAGGAGGUGUCAGGAUACAUUGACUAUGCCCACAGGCUAAAGAUUGAAGAUUUUGAAGUCUACUUUAGUGGAAAAAAAAGACUUCUUCCAAGACCCACAGAUAUGAGUUUUUACAACUGGGACAGUCAUGUUGCUGUUUGGAAUUCAACUCCCAACUAUGAAGUGAUUGCUGAUAAUCCAGAAGGCUUACUUUUCAAAUACAAAAGAGACAGAAAAGUUCUCAACGUGGACCCUAAGGCUCAACCAGGUGACAACUCUACUAGAACCCCUAUCCAGACAGAGCUCUACAUACAAGCUGUCAUUUUUGACCACGUUUCCAGAAGAAAGACUUAACUACCAACAUGUUAGAUGGUUUCCUAAUGGUUUGCUAAAUUUAAAUGACUCCUGUAACCAGAAGCAAAUUAGAAUAAUAAAUGAGUCCUGUAGCUAUAAGGCAAAUCAGAAU